AUGGCGGCGGAGGGACCGGAGGCGGCUCCGGCCAGUCCCGGCCGCGGCGGGACCGAGGGGGCGCUGGGGGACGCUGGGGAUGGUGUCACCUACCCCCCUGAUUUUGAGAAGUUUUGGCAGGCGGCGCGCAGCAACCCCCACGACUUCACUGCCUGGACCGAGCUCCUCCAGUACGUCGAGCAGGAGAACCACCUCUUCGCCGCCCGCAAAGCCUUCGACGCCUUCUUCGCGCACUACCCCUACUGCUACGGCUACUGGAAGAAAUAUGCCGACAUGGAGCGGCGCUUCGACUGCGGCCGGGAGACCGAGGAGGUGUUUGAGCGGGGGCUCCAAUCCAUCCCCCUCAGCAUGGACCUGUGGAUUCACUACAUCUCCUACCUCCAAUCCACCCUGGACAUGAAUCUCCCCGAAUCCAUCCAAAAAAUCCGGGGUGUUUUCGAGGCGGCGGUGGCGGCGGCGGGGAUGGAUUUCCGCUCGGAUAAACUCUGGGAGCUCUACGUGGAGUGGGAAAGGGAACAGGGGGACCUUCGGGCCGUCACCGGCAUCUACGACCGCGUCCUCUCCAUGCCCACCCAGCUCUACAACCACCACUGGGAGAAGUUCAAGGAGCACGUUCUCCACAACCCCCCCAAGGACAUUUUGUCCCCAGAGGAACUUCUGUGGGUCCAGUCCAAACUGGCCACCGACCCCGUCCCCAAACCCCCGGAGCCGGAGGGGACGGAAGCGCCGCCGGGGGAGGAUCUGCCCCCCGGGGUGGAGGGGAAAGGGGGGGCCUCUGAUACCCAGGAGGAUUUGGAUCAGGAGAAGAUCCGGGAGCUGGUGAUUUCCAUGAGGCAACAAAUCUACGCGCAAAACGAGGCGGAAGUCAGCAAACGCUGGAAUUUCGAGGAUGGGAUCAAGCGUCCCUAUUUCCACGUGAAGCCGCUGGAGCGGGCGCAGCUGCGGAACUGGCGGGAUUACCUGGAUUACGAGAUCGCCGCCGGCUCCCACGAACGCACCAUCGUCCUCUUCGAGCGCUGCGUCAUCGCCUGCGCCCUCUACGAGGAGUUCUGGAUCAAGGUGAGACCCUUCCUCCACCCCUACCCAUCUGAGGACCAGCUGGAUCCCAUCUCCCCCGCCAAAAUACUCUUAUCGCCCCAAAAAAGCUCAUAUCGCCCCAAAAAAACUCAUAUCGCCCCCAAAAAACCUCACCUCCCUCCCAAAAAAACUUCAUAUCCCCCCAAAAAACCCUCAUAUCCCCCCAAGAAACCUUACCUCCCUCCUAAAAAAACUCAUAUCCCCCCCAAAAAACUCAAAUCACCCCAAAAAACCUCAUAUCCCCCCAAGAAACCUUACCUCCCUCCUAAAAAAACUCAUAUCCCCCCCAAAAAAACUCAACGCAUCCUGCGUUCCUUCGAGGAGGUGGUGCCAGGACUGGCCAUGGUCCGGCUGCGCCGCGUCAGCCUGGAACGACGACAGGGCAACCUGGAGGAGGCCGAGAACCUGCUGCUGGAGGCCAUGAGGGCCAACGAGGGGCUACCACUGGCCUCCUUCUACGCCGUCAAACUGGCCCGCCAGGCCUGCAAGGUGCAGAAGAACCUGGGCAAGGCCCGCAAGGUGCUGGUGGAAGCCCUGGAAAAGGAGCCGGACAACGCCCGCCUUCACGCCAACCUCCUGGAGAUGGAAUUUGGGGCCGACGUGAGGCAGAACGAGGGGAACACCAUGAGGUGCUUCGAGCGGGCCCUUCGCAGCCCCCUCCCCGACGAGGCCAAGCUCGUCUUCUCCCAGCGCCGCGUCGAGUUCCUCGAGGAUUUCGGCUCCAGCAUCCACAGCCUCCUGACGGCGUACGACGAGCACCAGAAGAUCCUCAAGCAGCACGCGGCGCGGAAAAGAGCACCCGAGAAUGGGUAAAAACACCCCGGGGGCCCCAAAAUUUGGCCCUUUUUAUUGCCUUUCGGCCUUGAUUUUACCCCUUUCUAUCCCCCAAUUUCUCCCCUUUCUAUCCC